AUGCAGCGUAUAUUGGCCGUCAUGAUGGGUACCAUCGGAAACAUGAAGAAGACCCGCCGGGUCGCCGACGAGACCAUCCUCGCCACCGCCGGAAACCUAGUCGAGUUACCUCAGGGCCGCAGGAGGAGGAGACAUGGAUAUAAGGGUAUUUCUGUCAUUUUUACCAUUGUCUUAGCUCCACUCUCUUGUCUCAUGUCAUCGACUCAACCCAACGGUGGCGGCGUUGACAGUGUUUGGGCAUCCGGAGAUAUGGGUCUCAUGUCGGAAAUGAAUCAUCUCAUGGUCAACGACAGCAUGCGUUACGCCAUAUUGUUGUAA